AUGGCUCUGCCGGGCGCGCCGGCCCCCGGGCCCCCCAGCGGCCCCGCGCCGCCCCCCACCGUGCUCAUGUCCGUGCGCGUCUGGGCGGCGCGGCCGCUCGGCCUCCUGCCGCCGCCCGCCGGGGCCUCGGCCGCCGGGGACGCGCUGCUCCGCCUGCAGCUCAGCGUGCGGCCCGGGCCCGGCCCCGGCGGGGAGCCGCUCUUCCGCCUCGCCCUGCGCCACACGGACGCCCGCCGGAGCGUGAGCAUUGCUGAGUAUAACCUCAAAGACAUCUCGUACACGGUGAAGAACGCCUCGUGCCAUGAGCUGACGGUCCUUAGCAGCUCAGACGACCCCAUGGUGUUUCACUUCGAAGAUGAGCGGGAGGCACAGAAGUGGUGGACGGUUGUCAGCAGCUCCCUGCGGGAGGUGCAGAAAGCUGCCGAGAGUCCCAGUGUGCUGGUGUGUCAGCCCUCUGCCAGCGGGAAUGCGCUGCCUGCGCCACCAUCAGACGCGUCUCAGUCGUUGGAGCUCACAAAUAAAGAGGAGUUAGCGCUCCGCCUCGCGAGAGCCAUUGAGUCUGGGGACGAACAGGCGGCCUCGCAGUGCGCCAUGGUGCUGGCUCGGCAGCAGGCCUCCUUGCGCAUCCUACUGAAGGAAUCCAGCUACCCCCCCAACGAGAUCAGGAUGAAGGUUGGAGUGGAAGAUGCGACGUGCUCCGCCAACAUCACCAUCAGAGUCCAUGCUCACAUGACCAUUGGGACGCUGAGGCAGCAGGUUUUCCAGGAUUACGGGUUCCACCCCAGCGUGCAGCGGUGGAUCAUCGGCCAGUGCCUGUGCGUGGACGAUCGGACGGUAGGCUCGUAUGGCAUUCGGAAGGACGGAGACACAGCCUUCCUGUAUCUGCUGUCAGCCAAGAGGGCCAACCUGUCGGAGCAGCGCUGCGAGGAGGACCAAGUGCUGGUCAUGCUGCCCCCGGCCCCCUCGCUCCCAGACAGCUCUGGCACCGACGAGAAACGCAAAUACAGCACCUUGCCAAACAUGGCUCCAAAGAAAGCGUGGGUCGCUGACAACAGCGGGAAGAUGAAUAUCGGAGAAAUCAGCCACCAGCUGGGCCUGCUGCAGCUCACCAACCCCUUACCCAGCCAGUCCAAAGCGCACCCAGCCGCCGCUGCUCCACCGUCCCCCGUGCAGACAGGCUGGUCAUGUGCAAAAUGUACCUUCAUCAACAAGCCCACGCGGCCAGGCUGCGAGAUGUGCAGCACGGACCGGCCGGCGGAAUACAUGGUGCCGGGCAGCUACCGACCGGAUGAGACGGAGCUCUGGAGGAUGCAGCAGGAGGAAAAGGGGAUCUUGCAGUACCAGCAGGCCCUGGAGGACGAGCGUCUGCAGAAUUUCCAGCAGUUGCUGCAGCUGGAGGAGGAGGCGCUGGUGCCCAGCCAGGAGGCCAUGGAGUGCCGGAUCUGCUACCUGCCCAUGGCACCAGGGGACGGGGUGCUGCUCCGGGAGUGUCUGCACAACUUCUGCAGAGACUGCCUGCAGCAGGUGAUCAGCUACAGCCAGGAACUCCAGGUGUCCUGCCCCUUCCGCGACGACACCUACGCCUGCAGCAGCAAGCUCCAGGAACGGGAGGUCCGGGCGCUGGUGUCAGCAGAGGAGUACAAGCGGUUCCUGGAGCGGGGCCUGGUGGCGGCGGAGAGACGCACCCAGAACAGCUAUCACUGCAAAACCCCGGACUGCAAGGGCUGGUGCAUCUACGAGGACACGGUCAAUGAGUUCCGCUGCCCCAUCUGCCAGGGCCUGAACUGCCUGCUCUGCAAGGUCAUCCACGAGGGGAAGGACUGCCGCCAGUACCAGGACGACCUGCAGCUCCAGGCCCACAAUGACACUGCUGCCCAGCAGACCAGCGACAUGCUGCAGACACUGGUGCAGACGGGCGAGGCCAUGCACUGCCCCGUGUGCCGGAUCAUCGUGCAGAAGAAGGACGGCUGCGACUGGAUCCGCUGCACCGUCUGCCAGACGGAGAUUUGCUGGGUGACCAAAGGGCCACGCUGGGGGCCUGCGGGCCCUGGUGACACCAGUGGAGGAUGUCGCUGUAACGUCAAUGGGCAGAGGUGUCACCCGCACUGCCAGAACUGCCACUGA